AUGGUCAACUCCUGUUGUGGCUCCGUCUGCUCUGAGCAGGGCUGUGGCCAAGGCUGCUGCCAGCCUAGCUGUUGCCAGACCACCUGCUGCAGGACCACCUGCUGCCGCCCCAGCUGCUGUGUGUCCAGCUGCUGCAGGCCCUGCUGCCAGUCUGUGUGCUGCCAGCCCUGCUGCCGCCCCAGUUGCUGCAUCUCCAGCUGCUGCCGCCCCAGCUGCUGUGUGUCCAGCUGCUGCAGACCCUGCUGCCAGUCUGUGUGCUGCCAGCCCUGCUGCCGCCCCAGCUGUGGUAGUUCCAGCUGCUGUGGCUCCAGCUGCUGCCGCCCCAGCUGCUGCCUGCGCCCAGUGUGUGGCCAAGUCUCCUGCCACACCAGUUGCUAUCGCCCAACCUGUGUCAUCUCCACCUGCCCCCGCCCCAUGUGCUGUGCCAUCCCUUGCUGCUAA